GCAGAACAUCCUGAAGCAAAGUUCACAUUCACAGAAGAGGUCUGACAGAGAGCAGUUGUUCUUUCGGUUUUUAUUCUCUUUCAUCGGAGCAUCUGCAGCCAUGGCGAGGCCGAGUUAUGGAUAUUACCGAGGCACCAUAUUUCUGGCCAUGUUUGUUGGCUACACACUCUACUACUUUAACAGAAAAACCUUCUCAUUUGUCAUGCCCUCUCUGAUGCAGGAAAUUGAGUUGGAUAAGGAUGACCUGGGCAUGAUCACCAGCAGUCAGUCUCUGUCCUAUGCCAUGAGUAAAUUCAUCAGUGGCGUUCUCUCAGACCAGAUCAGUGCUCGCUGGCUCUUCUCCAUUGGCUUGUGCACUGUGGGAGGCAUCAACAUGGUCUUCUCUUGGUCUUCCACUGUUGCUAUCUUCUCUGUCCUCUGGUUUUUCAAUGGCCUCGGUCAGGGCCUCGGCUGGCCUCCAUGUGGCAGGGUGCUGCGCAAGUGGUUCGAGCCAUCUCAGUUUGGGACAUACUGGGCGGUCCUCUCCUGCAGCAUGAAUCUGGCCGGCAGCCUGGGCCCCAUCAUUGCCACAGUCCUGGCCCAGACCUACAGCUGGAGGACAAUCCUGUCAGUGUCUGGAAUGAUCUGUGUGGCAUUCUCCUUCGUCUGUCUGCUCCUCAUCAAGAAUGAGCCCAAGGAUGUAGGUCUGCCUAAUAUAGAGGCAGCAGCCAAACACAGUAAAGGAGGAUCCCCCAGUGAUGAGAGCACUCUGUCAGAGUUCCUGCUGUCCCCCUACCUUUGGCUGCUCUCUGUCUCCUACCUGGUGGUGUUUGGGGUGAAGACAGCCUGCACUGACUGGGGCCAGCUGUUCCUCAUUCAAGACAAGGGCCAGUCUACACUCAUGGGUAGCUCAUACAUGAGUGCCCUUGAGGUUGGAGGCUUGUUGGGCAGUCUGGCAGCAGGAUACAUCUCUGAUAAGGCUGUGGCCACACAUGGCAAAAAGAUUUACGGCAAUCCCCGCCAUUUCAUCCUGAUCUGCAUGAUGGUUGGGAUGUUUGUGUCCAUGUACCUAUUCAGAGUCACAGUCACCUCAGACAGCUCAACGGUGUGGAUACUUAGCCUGGGUACUGCCUUUGGUUUUUCCUCCUAUGGACCAAUAGCAUUGUUCGGAGUUAUAGCCAAUGAGAGUGCCCCAUCCAACUACUGUGGAACAUCCCAUGCAAUCGUGGCCCUGAUGGCCAACAUUGGGGGGUUCAUGUCUGGGCUGCCAUUCAGCACCAUUGCCAAGCACCAUGGCUGGGAAAUGGCCUUCUGGGUUGCAGAGAUUUCAUGUGGUGCUACCACUAUUGGAUUCUUUUUGCUCCGUAACAUUCGAACAAAGAUGGGUCACGUGCCAAAGAAGGCGGAUUAAAAUGGAGCUUUGUUUGGUAGUUUCAGUAGAACCACUGCCCCCCUCCUCCUCCUCCAUUACAUCUCAUCGAUGUCCAGGUUCAGCUCCUUCAUCGCCAUCUCAUUGGUGUCUAGGUCAAGCUCUUCAGGAAUCUCAUUCUCAUCUUAUCCUACUCAACCACCAGUGCCUAGACUCCAUGGGGGGAGGGGGGGGUUAUCCUGCUGCUGGCCUCUUCAGGUUCAUAAAAACAUCACCAUGGAGUCUAUUCACCAGACAGUUCACAGUCUCAAACAUUUACAAACUUGUAACAUAAAUGACUGUUAGUCAUAUGAGUCCCUCCUGACUGUUCACAGCUUCCUUUACCCCAGAGCAAACUGGACACUCUGAGCAAUCAUUGUAUUUGCAGUUUUUUCAUACUUGAUUUUUUAAUAUAUGUUGUCAGUCGGUCUCACAACACAUUGUCAUAACUGAAAGCUCUGAGAGGUGUUUUUUAAAUCCUGUUCUGAAUAAAUGUUUCUAUACAUUGUUUUACCGUGAAUAAAACAAACUCAAUCAUGAAAAAUUAACAAAUUAACAUGAUCAUAUAUCCAUGUUUAAAAACAUUCUUUUUAACACUUAGAAAAUUCUCCUUGUCUUGUAAAAGUGUGGCCAGAGGCUUUUAUAAACAGGUUAUUAUUUUAUUUCUGUAAACUGAAGUAACAUCAUACAAUAAUUCCACAUGAAUGAAGCCAAAAUAGCAGUUUCAUGCAGGCUGUCAUUUUAUUCUCACAUAUUUACACAACAUGUAUUUACACAGUGUGAAUUCCCUGUUUGAAAAAUGAUUUAAACAUUUUUUUCUUCACCA